AUGCCUCGCUAUCCCGGCGGCGCAUACUGGCCCUACACCUUCGUCCACCAGCCAGGCGGCUGGGCUGAGCAGACGUUCGGUGCAGGAUACGGAAGCCGGAGCGGUAGGCUGAAUCACGACUUUCUCUCCCCGCAAUGCAACGGUGGAGACCCCAAUAGCCUCAACGGCCUCAGCCUAGACACCGUCUCCAGCCUCGUCGCCCGUCUCAUCCUGCAGAACCACCUCACCCGCCUCGGCGACGCAGGCUGCCACGGCGGUGCCCUUUGGGGUUGCACCCCUUCGCCCUCCUCGCCGGCCUCUCACUGCCACGGCGCCGCUCCCGUCAACAGGUGCCUGGCUCCCUGCGUCCACACCUGUCCGACCGCCACACAGCCACACAUGGGCACCAACAACGUCUUCGUCAUUCCCGCCAACCACGUCCACCAGCAAUCGCAGAUGGGCGCCGCGGGGCUGGCAGGGCUGGCAGGGCUGGCAGGGUUGGGAGGCCUGAACAACGUCAGCAUGUUCCUCAACGGCCUUGGGCUCGGUCUUGGUGGCGUCAGUUCCGGGUGCGGCGGUGGCCUGAACCUCGCCCAUGGCUUCAACGGCCCUUCAUCUGGCGCUGGCCUUGGGGCUCAGAUUAACCUGAACAGGUUCAGCUGCCCAUCCUGCAAUGUCCACUUGUGA